AUAUAAAUCAAGUAAUUUUUAAUUUAAGGAAUAAAAAAUUGAAUUAGCUGUUUUGGCAGUUCUAUUUUGCAACAUUUCUGAGAAAAAACCCAAAAAGGUCAUUUAGGUUCCCGAGCUGCGUUUUAAUAAUAUGGUGGUUAAAAGAGUGCCUAUUAAAGGAUGAUGACAAGCGUGUUGCAAGUGUAAGUGGGGUAUAAUUCUUGCUUUAAAAGUCAUCGAUAGGAAUAGUUAUCAGUUAUACUAGAGCCUGUCAACUUUUUUAACAAAUUGCGUUUCAGUUUUUGCAAUCAACGUUGUCGGACGCGGUAAAGAUUGGAUCUAUGAUGAAUAAUCAGCCACGUUUAGGUAAUGGUAAUCGAGCCACCAAAACCUGUGCAUGGCUCACUGGGAGGCCACGAUUUGUACAACGCGCCCAACACGUUACUUUUAGCAGCUCUCGGCUUUCUCAACGUAAAGUGGUUCCAAAUCCAAUAGCAAUAUGGAAAAUCGCAAAGUGUGCAGUUAAAAAUAUUUUGCGUCGGCUCUUUAAGGAAAAUGUAACGAUGCAUCCAGUAACUGAAGUUAAACUCACAAAAAAAAUAGUUAAUUGUAUUGCGCGUUUGGAAUUCACACCACGUCCAGCAUUACCAAAGAAAACCAACUCAUUCCCAACGCUCAUAAGAUUGUGUCCACCCGAGGCCAAUUCUAAUGGUAUUCAGACUGACCAAAACCGGGGCGGACACAACAACGCAGGAACGAACUUCAUUAGGAUGACCACCAAUGGAACAAAAUACAACUUCAAAAUGCAAAAGUAAAAGCUCCAUCUGUUGGAGAGCUGCACGAUACGCAACAGCUGUAAUAAAAUAUUAAAGUAGUG